GCGUCAAACGCUGUGAAGAAGAGCAAGAAACCCCCGAAAGUGUUUGUGAAAAGUUGUGAAAAGUGUGAAAAUAAAGGCGUAAAUUGAGGAGAAAAUAAAGGAAACGUUGCUUUCCCCGUUUCGUGCUCGCUUGAGAACAGGUAACGACCACCAUGGGUUCAUCGAAAAAGCAUAAACGAGAUUCUAAAAAGCAUAAACGUCGUUCGCGUUCACGUAGCCGCUCACCACGGUUCGAGCGUUCGGAACGUGAGCACCGCCGUCGUUCCGAUUCCUACUCCGAGGACAACGAUGGCUACAACGAGGCCGGCCGCACAAGGCACAAGAAGCACAAGCGUGACCACAGCGAGCACAGGCAUCACCAUGGUAGACAGUACGAACGCGACCAUCGCACCGUGCGUGACCAUCCCGAAACGAACACCGUGGACGAUGAUUCCGACAGUUCGGAUUGUGUAGAAGUGCCGCUGGAUGAUACGAGUGCACCGCCACCACCACCCUCCAUCAGCCGCAAAUCGCCGGAAGCGGAUGCAGUGCCGUCGCCUCCACCACCGCCCCAGGUACAGAAGCGUCGCCGCUCGCCCACACCUCCUCCCGCACCGAAAACAUCCUCCCGCAAGCGUUCCGUAUCACCGAUACCGUCCAACGGUGCGGGCGAUUCGUUGUCCGUGGAGGAAACAAACAAACUUCGGGCGAAGCUUGGGCUUAAACCGCUAGAAGUUGGCGCAUCGAAGGUGCAAACGGAAACUUCCUCGCGUAGACGUCAACGGUCCCCUUCACCUCCGCCUCCCCCGAAAGCUUCUUCUUCCCGCAAACGAUCUGUCUCUCCCAUCCCCGACAAUGGUGCCGGCGAUAAUCUUUCCGUGGAAGACACGAACAAACUGCGGGCCAAGCUGGGUCUGCGCCCGUUGGAAACGUCGUCCAAGAAGCGUGCUCGAUCACCGUCCCCACCACCACCCCCGAAGACCUCAUCCAGUUCCGCCAGCAAACGGUCCGCCUCACCCAUACCCGAAAACGGUGCGGGUGAUGCAUUAUCGAUCGAGGAAACAAACAAACUGCGAGCGAAACUAGGUCUUCGUCCGCUGGAAGUUGGAACCGGGUCCAAAUCGGGCGAAGGUUCCAAAGCAUCGGGUGAGCAAGACGGCAACGAAAAGUUAAAAGAUGACUGGGGUGAAUUCUAUCACAAACCGGCCAAGAAUCUGUCGGAAAAAACGCAGGAAGAGAAGAUACGGGAAAAGUUGAAGGAACGGCGCGAGAAGCGAGCGAUCGAGGAAAAGUUGAAGCGACUGAAGACGCUCGGCGAGGAGGAAGAUGUGGAUGAUCUGAAGAGUUGGGUCGCCAAAACGCGCGAUAAGGAUCGGCUCAAGAAGGAGGCCGAAGAGCGGGCCCGACUGUUGGAUCAGAUGGACGAAGAGCUGGUGUCGGGGGAUUUGGAUUCAUCCGCACGGGCGAGUGCAGGAUCUUCACGGAGAGGUGCUUUCGGCAAAGGGUCGUACCGCGAUCGCGACCUGGAAGGGCUCCGUGUGGAGCACGAUGUGGAAGCGUUCACCGAGGGCCGGCAGGUCAUUCUGACGCUCAAGGACGCGAACGUGCUGGACGAGGAAGCGGGCGAUACGCUCGUGAACGUCAACAUGAUCGAUGACGAGCGGUACAAGCGCAACGUGGAGAACCGUAAGGCCAAUCCGCAGCACUACGGUUACGACGUGUACUGUCAGGACGAUGUGGACGAGUUCGGUAUGCCGAAGCAGCGCGAAGUGCUGGGGAAGUACAACGAAGAAAUCGAAGGGCAGCGUAAAAGCAGUUUCGUGAUCGGGUCGAAUGCCGAGCAGGAAGCACAGGAGAAGCGUCGUUUGCUAGAAAUCAAGACGAAGCUGGAGAAGAAAAAGCUCGACUCGCUCGAAACCACACCGCUCACGCUCGUGUCGGACUACUUCACCGAAACGGAGCUGUCCUCGUUCAAGAAACCCAAAAAGAAGGUACGCAAAAUCCGCCAGAAGCUACGGGCGGAUGAUUUGCUUGCCUCGCUGCCGGCAGAAGAAAGUAUGGCUGAUUUGGGAUCACGCUCGAGACGCAACGAACGAUCCGGAACGGAUCGUGCGUCUGCGACCGAAGAUCGAAGAAGCAUAAGGGCCCGGGCAGCAGAAAUCCUGGUCACCGAUGACACACCGGCCAUCUCGGAGGAUCUGAGCACGGUCAAGCUCGAGGAUACGAUGGAGGACGAUGAAGAUCUGCAAGCAGCGCUACAGAAAGCACGUCGGCUGAAGCAGAAGGAAGCGAUCAUCUCCAAAGCGCUGCCGAUCGAUCCCGAGCGGAUCAAGAGCGAAAUGAAGGAGGAACCGGACAGUGGCGGUGAGCUCGACCAUCACGGUACGAUGCUGCUCAAUGCGACGGCCGAGUUUUGCCGUACGCUCGGUGACAUUCCAACGUACGGAACGGCCGGUAACCGCGAGGAGGAUCCGAACGAAAUGAUGGACUUUGAGCGGGACAGUGCAAGCGAUCGCGAAGGGAUGGAAUCGGAUCCGGAGGAAGGUCCAUCGUCGCGGCGCCCUCAUCAUGGCGCACAGCACAGCGGCACCUGGAACUCGGUCAACACGGAACAGGAGCAGGAGGACAACCGUGAGCUAAAGGUGGAGGAGGUGGCCAUUCUGGACGAAGAGCCGGACGUUGCGCUCAGUGUCGCGGGCGCCCUGAAGCUGGCCCAAUCGAAGGGAUACCUCGAGCGGGAAGAGAGCAAUCGACCGAGCAAUGCACGGUUCGCUCACCUGCAAGCCCAGAACUAUUCGAUCGAGGACAAGAACUAUGGCGAGGAGAACGAUAAGUACUCGCGACGCGAUCGUUACGCCGGUCCGAUUACGGAGUUUAAGGAGAAGGAAACGUUCAAGCCGAACGUGAAGCUCGAGUACAUCGACGACAACGGACAUCUGCUGACGCCGAAGGAAGCGUUCCGCUAUCUGUCGCACAAGUUCCACGGUAAAGGGCCGGGCAAGAACAAGGUGGAGAAGCGGCUGAAGAAAAGCGAACAGGAGGGGUUGAUGAAGAAGAUGAGCUCCACCGAUACACCGCUCGGUACGCUCAACAUGCUGCAGGCAAAGCAGAAGGAAACGCAGUCACCGUUCAUUGUGCUGAGCGGAACCAAGCAGAACACCAGCAUCAUCAAGCAGAAGCGCUAGGCACGCGCUGCAGUCGUAAUCGCUUUACCUGGAGUGUGUUUGUGUGUGCGCGUUUGUGUUUCAGCAGGAUAUAUUCAACCUUAAAUUCGGGACGGUUUUAUUUGUAAUCCGAUCUUCUCGCCCGGAGAUUUUAAGCAAUUCCAUAUGAGAACAGCAACAAAAGUUAAUCAAAUAAUAAAACAUCCCGCACUGCUAGUGCAUUGUAGAGAAAA